AUGCCAACAGAAAGAUGGAAAGACUGGAGUCGGUCCGUCUGGAAAAUUGUUUUUGCUGCUUGUGCUAUCUUGGACAUCAGUUUCUGUUUGUCGGCUCUAGUAGAAGGAUGGUACGAAGGUGAAGGUGUCACUCCUUCUGAUCAUCAUAAUCACGACAAGAAGAACUUUCUAGGCUUCGUUCUCAAUCGACAUAAAGAUGAAAUAGACGGUGAACGUUCAUCAUCAUCAGACGAUGAAACUUGUUCAGCGCAUCCGAUGUGGGGUGCGGUCAGCAUCACCUUUUGUUUCUGCUGUCUGAUAGAAGCAAUGAUUCGAGCCAAGGAAGCACGACAGAUUGCCUUUGAAACUGCGGCUCUGGACAAUUUUGAGAAAAAGCUGGCAAAGCUGUAUGCCACGACUCGAUCUGGAGUCUUUCGGCAACAACCAGGGAUUGCUGAUUACGAUCAGGGGCACCACGAUCUCGAGCUAGCUAGAAAUCAUCUAAGAGCAUGGACUCCUGUGAUGUCUGUCUUGUUUUCGUGGUUCAUUUUGAUUCCAUGGAUCAACUUUUGGAGAGGCAACCACGAUGGAUGUGGCAAUGACCCGGCUCUUGCCACCAUCUGGAUCACUCAGUCGAUAACUCAUAUGUCAAUAUUUAUGGAGACGGUAAAAAGUGAAUUGAUAGACUUCCUUCGAAGGACAAUCCUUCCUUGGGGUUCCCUGCGGCAGCCAUUGCGAUUGUGGAAGCGAAUACGAAAACUAUCCCGAUGGUUUCGCUACCUUCGAUAUGCAGGUCCACUGCUACGAGUACUCCUAAAACUUCAGGAUCAAUUCUGGGUAUUUUCCUCGACCUGGCGACAAUCUUUGCAAGCAGAAAUUGAAAAAAGAAAGCGCUUGGCGGAACGGUCCAUGAUGUUCGAGGAUAUCAGAAAGAUUGAAUCGCUUGCCAAACUCAACACCGCUCUUUCCAGCAUUCCAUCUCACCUGCAGAUGCAAGCACUCGGACUCAGGAACGCAAUUGUUGAAAAGCGGCAACAAGCCCAAAAGCUCAGGCAUCGGAUCGACGUCUUGAAACGAAACGUUGGCAGACGUGGUUCCAUUUCUGUACCCUCUUCAGAACUGUACGAUCAGAUUAUUGAUUUGCGACAAGAACUGACCACUACUGUCAUUACAGCGCUGAUGAGCUCGAACUUGGUGUCGCCUCAUACACGAUUCAGUGUUGGAUGGCGGGUCAUCGUCACAGUUGCGCUUCUAUCCGAAUUGUUUCGACUUUAUGCGUCCUGGCACCUUUCAGGGACCUUUGGAGUAUCAUUGACGCAAAUGAUAUCCUCUCUGCUGGUGGAGUGUGAUCAGGUCAUGAUGGAACGCUUCCGUAUCAUGACUAAAAGAGGGACACCAGUUCGACGGUUCGUUGGGAAAAUCUUGAAUAUCAGAAAUGUGGAACUGGCCGAAUGCUACCCCACUAAUCCCGCAGCACGGCUAGUACUGCAAUCUGGCAAGAUGUUCGAGUCGGGCAUUGAUAUUGUGUGCUUUUUGGACAUUUUUGUAUGGUUCUUCACAGGAGAACUAGAUGCCAAUGGCAUCGUUGUUCCAAAACCAUUCUUUUACCGCUGCAUUUUGCCCGGGACACUGGUCCAGGUCUUGGAUCACCCAACCUUGCCCGACAAGCUUCCACAUCUGAUACACUGUUCGAUGGAUGCUUUUCGAGCAGCAGGAUACGCCCGAGUGAUUCGAUGGGCAUGUGCCAUUUAUCCAGCAUUUGAAAUGUUAGUGGUGGAUCCCAUCAAGCUGUACCUAUUUCGGCCCAUGGGAGAUGACGAGUACCUCAAAUACACUGAAAGCUUUGCGCUCAUUCCGCAAGUCUUUUCACAAAGCAAUCUCAUUCGAAGACAAAGCUUCCACACCAAGGGUUUGCAUUCUUCCAAUUUGCUGGCGAGCCCCAAUGAGUUUGCGAGUCCUCUAAGGACGAAGAGUACCCAUAAGUUGGUAGCAUUUCCAUCCUAUCUUGGAGGUUUGGACAAGUCACCAUCAGUUUCCAACCACUUGGAUGAUUCGUUCAGUAUCGGAUACAACCUUCACUAUUAA